AUGCUCGGAAGGUCUGGCCUUGGCCGCUCCGUGGCGUUCACGUCCCACGACGCCCACGCCUUCGCCGCCUUCGCCUGCGCUCGGCCAACAUCCUUCAAGCUGGAUGAGAUUCCCUACACACCGCCGGACACGAAGAAGCCAGCAGAGCCCCGUGACAAGCACGAGGCGGCGCCCGAGGAUUAUGUGGAUCCGGACACAUAUCCAGAGAACCGUGGUCAGGACGGUGAACAGAAGUCAUGCAAGAAGGGCAUCGACUAUGCCCAGACCUGUCCUAUCGGCUGGAAGUACGCUCCCACUGGGCCUCAAGGGCCUGAGUGCCAAGCUCCAGGGAGUUUCUACACCGAAUCCGACUGGUGCCGGCAGCAGUUGACUUCACGCCAAGUCAUCCCCGCUCGCCUCAGUGACGGGAAGGGCUCGAUGCAGUUGCGAUCGUCUCUGGAGGAGUGGGAAAGGAAGGAGCUGUAUGAUUCCUGCUGGAUUCUUUGGCCUUGCCGCGACGUGAAGCACGACUACCGCAAGCCGUGUCCACUGGGUUGGACAUGGGAGCCACGGGUGUUGUUAAGUAUCCCUUCGUCGCCCAUGUUGUCCUCCUUGGCAACUGUCUCGGUGGGCUUCGUGGUGCUGCACUUCUACAGGGCAAGGCUGCUUUCCUGGCAAGACUGGGUCCCACACUUUAUCAAGACGAUCCAGAAUUGGUCGGUCGCAGAAGCUAGCAACACAAGAUCAGUUGACCCUCAAGUUUUCGCGUCCGUGCACCAGAAGCGUGAAAAGCUUCUGAAGGAGACGGCCGGCGUCUGGUCGGUCAUGAUUGAAGCAUUCUGGCUUCCAUACUUCUGCGUCGUGAAUUGUUACGCCUGGGGUGACCCGUCGCAACUGCCUUGCUUCCUCAGUGGCUUCGUAGUAGUGCCCGCUCUGCACAAGCUCGCCAAGCCGAGCGUCCAGCUCACGGCUUCAGUGAUGCAGCAGUUCACCCUCAGCACGUACCUGGCGAUACUUCUUUCGAGCGUGGGCUUUCCGAGAGAGCUGAUGCCGAUUCUCUAUGUUGCGCGGAUCAUGCUCGGCAGCUUUGGCUCUGAUGCUCAAUUCUCCAACAUGGUGAAUAUCCUGAUCGCGCCUCUGUGGGUGCUGUCGCACUGGAUGCAAAAGGCAGACGCUGAGACUGCUGAUCUCUUUUACUUUGUCAUCUCAGAGGUCAUAACACUUGGCGUGACUGCAUUGGCUAUUGGGACCCUGAACGACAAAGAGUAUGAGAUUGCCGCGGCCAACAUGCAAUUGGAAGCCAAGGUCAGAGAGGUCAAAGAAGCGGAGCGCUCCGGCGCGGCUGCGCAGCGCCUGCUGUCAGUGACUUGCGAUGCUUCCGCAAGGUUAACGGAUGAUCUCAGGAUAGUUGGUCCCUCGCACAGCCUCUCCGAUCUACUGAUGUGCGGCUUUGGUGCAUCCGGCAGCCAACCCAGCCUCGAAGGUGCCUCUUUCUGCCGCUAUGUGGCUGCAGGUGACCAGCAGCGGCUGCAGGAUUUUGUCGCAGAGUCGUCCCAGGGCGACAAGCCGCCGAGGUCGAUGCACCUGCAGAUGAAAGACUCCAGCGGAAUUUCGUUCAAUGCCGAGCUCUUUCAUGUUGCUGUUCCAUCUUGGAGGUCGGAUCAGGCGAAAGAGCACCUGAUCGGAAUAAGUCAGGAGAUUGCAGAGCGGACUGGGCCCACCGAGCUAGUGGACCGCUUCGAUCGCACAGUGCGAACUCAUGUUCCGGCGCAAUCAUCGGACAUGCGCCACAUGUUGGGUGCUCGCGUGAAGUCGGACAACCACAAGUCCCCUGCCGAGAAUUUUUCAAGCAGCAGCAGGAGCAACGGAAGCGGUGGCAGCUCACGCAGCAGUAGGACUCAGAAUUUGAUCCGGCUCAGUGUCCUCGAGAAGGUAAACUUCGUCAUCGAUGUCCAGACUUUGCAUGAUGACUUUGUCUUGCGCUCUGUCAAGCUCUCUUUCAAAGAGUCGGAGAACGGCUCUAAGUCAGCCAUGCCCAACCUGCUCGAAUGGGUGCGGCCGAACUACAGGGACAAGGUGUACAACUGGGUUCAAGCUCAUGCGAACGCCUUCUACACUGGCCGCGAAUGUCUGGAGUCUUCUUUGCGCGGUGUGAAAUUGCACUCGCCGUUGGGUUCAGCAAAAACUAUUCUCGCCGGAGAAGUGAUAGCUGCGGAAAUGACCGAUACCCUGGACGGUGACGGGACAAAUAUGCCAUUGGAUGAGCAGGCGGAAGACGACGAGAGCGAAGAUGGUGAAAUGUACAUGAACAUCGAGUUGCGUCACCUUUUCGCGCACUAG